AUGGAUCAAAUUCGAAGCGAUUCAAGUUCUAACGAAGAUGAAAACGAUGACAUACCUGAUUUAUCCACUCUCAGACCCUUCAAUUUUGAACCAGAAUUUUCUUUGGAAGAGCUGAAUAAAUUAGGAACGUGUAGUUCCGAGAGUGAUGAGGAAGAAGAUGAAGUUUCAAGGAUCGGCAAUAAUAACUGGUGCCAAUGCGGUGGUCACUGUAGAGCGAUGGAGUCGUACAGUGAAAGCUUGUGUUGCAGGGAUACAAAUGAAAUUCCUGACAAUCAUUUUGAGGCCGAAACUUUUGGGAUGGUUUGUCUAUGUAAACCAGUACUAACCACUGCACUGUCUGCUCUAAAUAAUUUAAGGGGCGAUGCAAUGCACACGGAUAAUUGUUCACUACGUUUUGCCGGUUAUAAACAGUACACAUGGUGGAUACAUAACAGAUUGGGAAAAGGUGUGCGAAAAAUUAUACCGUCGUGUGCUUUAUGGGCAAUUUGUAAUAAAUAUCCAUCUGAAAAUGGUUUUUAUAUCCAAUUCACGGAGAGCAAAUCCGACGACAAACGACUGUAUGAAAACACGGAUUCCGAUUCUGAAUAA